UAUAAGCUGACAAUAACAACAACAAAGGAAGGGAAAAGAAAAAUCACAAGCGCAAACUCGCUCGAAAAUACAGCUUAUCAGUCGAACGCUUUCAGAAGAGUUAUUAAAAUUCCUUCUGCUUUGCCGCCCUGAUCUGGAGGAGGAGCGCGUAUGGCACGUUGAAGGUGUCAAAAUUCGCUUUGGAGUUUACAGUGUCAAGCUGUAUUCUGAGUUGGGCUUUAGCAUGUAAGAGUGAAAAGACCGCGUGGAGUUAUUAAGAACUGUGGAUGAGGAGCACCGAGGCAAAAUAAGCUGUCAACAACCAACAUAGCCUAUGACAUGGACGAUAACAUUUUCAUGUGGCAUGUGAAUGGAUAAGGAAACUUUGCAGACUUCGGCUGUAAGCUCCAAUAAAUAGGUCGUUUAUGGGGCACACACGAUGGCGCAUCCUCAGGGCUACCUGUACCAGCCGUCAGCUCCUUCCGCACCCUACCCAUGUGCCCCGAACUACAAUUCAGGCGUGAUCGCCGGACCUAGACCUGGGGAAAUUGGGAGAUCCUCUGGCUCAGCCUUCGCUCCGUAUGUUGGACCUGGCAUCUCGACUCAGUCGGUCGGUUUGAACUCUGUCCAGUUCAGGACAGAGGCAGGAGGCGCGUUAUUCUCUUCAUUUGUGGGAACUCCACUUGACCACACGUCAAGCAUGACUGGCUCUUUAGGGUAUCACCCAUAUGUCGGGGCGCUCGGUGUGUAUCCCUUUGGAGACCCCACUUACCGGAAAAAUGCCACCAGGGAUGCCACUACCACACUCAAAGCCUGGCUUAGCGAACACCGAAAAAAUCCAUACCCAACUAAGGGUGAGAAAAUCAUGCUGGCCAUCAUCACCAAAAUGACUCUCACCCAGGUGUCUACCUGGUUUGCCAACGCCAGGCGGAGGCUCAAAAAGGAGAAUAAGGUGACAUGGACACCGCGCGCCCGGAGUGAGGACGAGGAUGAGGAUGACCACAUUGAUUUGGAAAAACACGAUGAUGACACGGAGCUUGUGAAGGUCACGGAGAUGUGCGGCUCAACUCUCACCUCAGAUGACCACAAACACAAUCCAAGAGAAAUAGACGAGAUGUAUUACGAGGACACGAGGACAUCUGAACACGAGGACAUUUCCAGUCAUUCAGAACAAAAAAACAAGGAUCGUAGGUUACAAGAAGCUCCCAGCACUUCUCCAGAGCUGGACACUUUUGCGCAUGAGAAACUGUCGGGAACGGGUGGGUCACCAUACGCGCAGUCGCCCGUUAACGGGAGAGUUACCCCAACACCUGUCCUGGUAUUGUCACCGCCCCCAAAUCCCAAACCUAAACUGUGGUCGCUCGCUGAGAUCGCAACCUCUCCGGGUUCAGGAAAUAGCUCGCUCCAGGUCUCUGGAGAGGGUGGCUGCGCAGUGAUAUCCACAAGCGUGCAGUCGCUUUCUCGGCCACCAUCACAAUGUCAUUUGCUGAAUAAUGUGAUGUUCCCUCGUCAUCUCUACUGUACAUCAUCAAUGUAUUCGUGUUUUACGAACUGUGGCUCACUAGGGCAUUUGAGCGGAUCAGGGACCAGUCCUGCAACCCACUUGAACGGAUUAAACCAGCUAAUGUCACAACGAGCUGACGCUUUUGUGCGGGACAGAAAUCUUUGAGACCACGUGUCCAUACAUAACAAUGUACAUUAUAUGACAUACAACUCACUGAAAGCGUCGGAAACUGAUAUUGCCAACAAUCCACUUUAUGCCUUCAUUUUGGUCAGCAAGAUAGCCCACUGGUUUGGGGGUGACUGUCUGGAUCUUGCGAAGGCAGGGUAAACGAAGCCUCACAAACGAAUAACAAUGGACUUCUCUCGCAUGUUUGUUCCUUCUCUUGGGGUCAGCCGAAAAGAAGAAGCGGUUCCCUCUUAGCCGAACUACUCACUUUGAGCUUAACCAGCACACCACAUAAGGAAAGUAAAUUAUUUGUUGGGUAAGCUAAUCGUUUUUUUUGUGCACGUUUUUAAAUAAGUGCAGAACUGAGUUAACAUGCAGAACUUCUGCAAGGCAAUUCUUGAAACCGAUUGAUUGCCCAAUUGUUUUUAAGUUCUGUACACAUCCUAUACAUUAUUUCAUAUUUGUAUCAGGUUAUCUAUCAUUGAUCCGGUUGGUUUUAGUAUAUUUGAAAUGUUCUUUUGGCAUUUGCAUAAUUUAUUAUUUUUCCAAAACUUUGAUAUGGCACACAAGUAAUAUUGCCUAAUGCAUACAUUUCAUUGGAUAUAAAGU